CCUUUCCUCUAACUGGGUGCGUCUAUAAUGACGCAACUGGGUGUCAGUACACUCGAGUGUCUUUGUUAUACUUUUGCGUGAUGACUUUUUACCAAAAUCUCUAAUCUAAGAUUUUCACCAACAAUCACCACGAGUGCAUGAUGCACAUUCGAGCGCAUAAUUAUCCAGGAAAUUCAGGCGCGUUAUUGUAAACGGCCCCCCCCCCUCCCUGCUGUUUGACAGUAGUGCUAGUGCGCCAGGCCAUCAGGGCGGAGUUGAGUCGUCGUUUUUUUGUAAAAGAACUCCCACGCCUAGCCCUUUUUAGGGCAGCCACGGAGUAAACAAAAACCCAAGCAUGACUACUGACCAUGUAACUUUGGGGGAUGCCCUGUCCAAUGUUGAUGUUCUCGAUGAGUUCACGCUACCUUAUGAACAGCCAUGCAUUGAGGCGCAGCCAUGCUCGGUUGUAUAUCAAGCUAAUUUUGAUACAAACUUUGAAGAUAGAAAUGGAUUUGUCACUGGUAUUGCCAAAUAUAUUGAAGAAGCUACUGUGCAUGCAAGUUUGAAUGAAUUACUGGAAGAAGGACUGGAACAUGCGGUUAUGCUUUAUACGUGGAGAUGUUGUUCCAGGGCUAUACCGCAACCCAAGUCAAAUGAACAGCCAAACAGAGUUGAAAUAUACGAAAAAACUGUAGAAGUUCUUGCACCGGAAGUUAAUAAGCUCUUAAACUUUAUGUAUUUUCAAAGAAAAGCCAUUGAAAGAUUCUCAGCAGAAGUAAAACGCCUCUGUCACCAAGAAAAGAGAAAGGAUUUUGUCUCUGAAGCGUAUCUAUUAACGUUGGGCAAAUUCAUCAAUAUGUUUGCUGUUCUUGAUGAACUUAAAAACAUGAAAUCAAGUGUCAAAAAUGAUUAUUCAACUUAUAGAAGAGCUGCACAAUUUUUAAAAGUGAUGUCAGACUCCCAGACACUGCAAGAAUCUCAAAAUUUGUCAAUGUUUCUGGCUACCCAAAAUAAAAUUAGAGAUACGGUUAAGGAAAAUUUAGAAAAAAUUCAGGGCUACGAAGAAUUGCUGGCUGACGUCGUAAAUAUUUGUGUGCAUAUGUUUGAAACAAAAAUGUACCUUACUCCAAAUGAGAAACAUAUGCUGGUGAAAGUCAUGGGUUUUGGUCUUUUCCUAAUGGAUAGUGAAUUGUGCAAUAUUAAUAAAUUAGACCAAAAGAAAAAAUUAAAAUUAGAUAGAAUUGAUAGGAUUUUCAAAAAUUUAGAAGUUGUUCCACUUUUUGGAGAUAUGCAAAUUGCUCCAUUUAAUUAUAUAAAACGAUCCAAGCAUUUUGAUGCCUCAAAAUGGCCAUUGUCUUCAUCUGUAAACAGUAUGAGUCCCCAAGCUGACUUAAUGGUGCAUUUACCUCAAAUUCGAGAAGAUCAUGUCAAAUACAUAAGUGAAUUGGCUAGGUAUAGCAACGAAGUCACUACAACUUAUAAAGAUUGUGGAAGUGAUACAGAGAAUAGAGAAACCGCUGAAUUAGCUUUACGUGGUUUACAAUUGCUUUCUCAAUGGACCAGUGUUGUAACAGAACUCUACAGCUGGAAAUUAUUACAUCCAACAGAUCAUCACAUGAAUAAAGAGUGCCCUCAAGAAGCUGAAGAGUAUGAAAGAGCUACACGUUACAAUUAUACGGAAGAGGAAAAAUUUGCAUUAAUUGAAGUGAUAGCUAUGAUCAAAGGACUUCAAGUUUUAAUGGCUCGCAUGGAAACUGUAUUUGUUGACGCAAUACGCAGAAACAUAUAUGCCGAAUUACAGGAUUUUGUACAAUUAAUUCUAAGAGAACCAUUAAGAAAAGCAAUAAAGAACAAGAAAGAUUUGAUCAGAAGUAUAAUCGUUUCUGUGAGGGAAACGUGUGCUGAUUGGCAUCACGGAGUAGAACCUACGGCCGAUCCUGCACUCAAAGGCAAGAAAGAUCCAGACAACGGAUUCGGCAUUAAAGUGCCAAGGAGGAAAGUUGGUCCAUCGUCAACUCAACUCUACAUGGUGCGCACGAUGCUUGAAUCAUUAAUCGCUGACAAAAGUGGAGGCAAACGAACCUUAAGAAAAGAUAUCGAUGGUCAAUACCUUGUUCAAAUCGACCAGUUUCAUAAGACUAGUUUUUAUUGGGGUUAUCUAUUAAAUUUUAGCGAGGCCUUACAAAAUUGUUGUGAUCUCUCGCAAUUAUGGUACAGGGAGUUUUAUCUCGAGAUGACCAUGGGUCGUAAAAUACAGAAAUGCCAAGUGCGACACCAGCAUAAUGAGGAAUGCAGCGAUUUGAUCACCAUGGAGAAACGCAUUCAGUUUCCAAUUGAAAUGUCGAUGCCCUGGAUAUUAACCGAUCACAUACUCCGAAGUAAAGAGCCUUCGAUGAUGGAGUACGUUCUAUACCCAUUGGAUCUAUAUAAUGAUAGCGCUCUGUAUGCUUUAACGAUAUUCCGAAAGCAAUUUUUGUACGAUGAAGUUGAAGCAGAGGUAAACUUGUGCUUUGAUCAGUUCGUGUAUAAACUCAGCGAGCAGAUUUUCGCUCAUUACAAGCAGUUAGCGGCUAGCAUUUUAUUGGACAAAAGAUUUCGGGUUGAGUGUUUGGCUGCUGGAGCUUACAUUCUGUCGUAUCCACGAGCAAAUAGAUACGAAACCCUGCUGAAACAGCGACACGUUCAACUACUUGGUAGGAGCAUCGAUUUGAAUAAAUUGAUAACUCAACGCAUCAAUGCAGAUAUGCAAAAAUCGCUUGAUUUAGCCAUCAGCAAAUUCGAAUCCGGCGACAUAACCGGUGUAAUUGAACUGGAAGGAUUACUGCAAGUUAACCGUUUAACGCAUAAACUCCUGAGCAAGUGGUUAGCUUUAGAUGAAUAUGACGCAAUGUUCAGAGAGGCAAAUCACAACGUAUUGGCGCCAUACGGUCGAAUCACCUUGCACGUCUUCUGGGAACUUAACUAUGAUUUUUUGCCAAAUUAUUGUUACAACGCUGCCACUAACAGAUUUGUGAAAUGUCGGGGUCUACAAUUUGUACAACCUGUUCACCGCGAUAAGCCACCUCAGAUGUCUCACCACUACCUCUGGGGCAGUAAGCAGCUGAACCUCGCCUACAGUACUCAGUAUGGCCAGUACUCUGGUUUUGUCGGACCCUAUCACUUCCGGACAAUGUGCAAGCUUCUCGGCUACCAAGGAAUAGCCGUCGUCAUGGAAGAACUCCUAAAAAUUGUCAAAUCGCUUAUCCAAGGCAGCCUUCUACAGUUUACCAAAACUCUGAUGGAAGCCAUGCCAAAAGUCUGUAAGUUACCAAGAUACGACUAUGGCUCUCCAGGAGUUCUAGGCUACUAUCACGCUCAGCUUAACGACAUCGUACAGUAUCCAGACGCAAAAACAGAACUUUUCCACAAUUUUCGCGAGUUCGGGAACACCAUUCUGUUUUGCCUGCUAAUGGAGCAGGCUUUAUCACAAGAGGAAGUCUGCGAUCUCAUGCACGCUGCACCCUUCCAAAAUAUUCUCCCCAGACCAUACUGCAAAGAGGGAGAAAAACCUGAGACCAAGCAAAAAAGAUUGGAGGCCAAAUAUGCAGCACUUCAAAUCGUGCCAAAUGUUGAUAAACUUGGAACAGCAAAGCAAGCAAUGAUUGCCAGAGAAGGAGAUUUAUUAACCCGCGAAAGACUUUGCUGUGGCUUAUCUAUAUUCGAAGUCGUAUUGAGCAGAUUACGAAGCUUCCUGGAUGAUCCGAUAUGGGUGGGACCACCUCCAGCUAAUGGAGUAAUGAACAUUGAUGAAUGCACCGAAUUCCACAGACUCUGGAGCGCUCUUCAAUUUGUCUAUUGCAUUCCCGUAGGAGAUACUGAAUUUACUGUUGAGGAGUUAUUUGGCGAAGGUUUGCACUGGGCCGGGUGUGCCAUGGUUGUUUUACUUGGGCAACAACGAAGAUUCGAGGCCCUAGACUUUUGCUAUCAUAUCUUGCGAGUACAACGUGUUGACGGAAAAGAUGAAAAUGUGAAAGGAAUUCAUCUAAAGCGUAUGGUGGAUCGUAUUAGACGCUUCCAAGUUCUAAACUCCCAGAUCUUCGCUGUAUUAAAUAAGUACUUGAAGAGCGGCGAUAGCGAUGCUUCCAGCGUUGAACAUGUCAGGUGCUUCCCACCACCUAUUCAUCCAUCACUGGCUCACGUUCAACAGCACUAUCAUGCUCCAGAAUACUUGCGACAAGUGAACCAUCCAUAAAGUGAUUGCAUGUUGACUUUUAAUACAUAACAAUUCAUUACUCUUUAUUUGCCAAAAUGAGGUAAACACUUUUUCAGUAAGUGCAAAAUAUAUCAGGAAUAAUUCUUA